AUGACGCAAUCCAAAGCAACACUCUCCAGCCUCUUGGAAACUCUCGUUCCAUCAGUCCACCUCACCAAGCCUCCACCACACGCCACACACCCCUCCCUAACCCCCGCCAUAUCAUCCCUCCUCCUACAUCCCACCCUAGAAGCAACACUCCACCUCCUCAACACCGACCUUCCAUCCGCACACUUCCUCGUGCGGCACAUGCAAGCACCACCUGCAAUCGAGGGCAUGCUCCUCCACUCAGUCCUGCACCGAAGCGAAGGCGACAUGCCCAACGCACGGGCGUGGGCUAGCGAUGUGCAGGACGCGAGCGACGGCUGGGUCCCGAAGCACAAGGGAGCUCAACGACUUGAUUUCAACGUCGUGCAAGAUAUGAAGGGGAAGGCGGCGGGUGGAGUGCGCUUUUUGGAGUUUGUUUACGGGAAGGAUAAGGGUGCUGCGCAACGGUUGAUUGAUGAUGUUGAGAAGUUUCGGAAGGAAGGGGGACAAGAAGGAGAGGCGGAGCUUGAGGAGAGGAUACGUGUAGAGCUGGGGAGGGUGCUAGAGUGGUGUAAGAAGAAAUUUGGGGAGGGGAGUGGGUGGAUGCUAGUGGGGCGUGGGUGA